AUGGAUAUUAAGGUCAAGGGUACAAAGGCAAACUUGGUAAAGAUGAUCUUGGAGGCAUCUGUUGAUGGUGCUGAUAAUGCAUCGCCAGACACUACAACUGCACCACCACCUGCCAAGCCUGCCACCGCCGCAUCAAAGAAGAAGGCUGCACCCGCACCCAAGAAGCCUGCCGCCACAAAGAAGAGAGGAAGAGAUGUCGAGGAGGAACAGGAAGAGGCCAAAGAAGAGGAGGAUGAUGAUGAGACUACCACCACUACUACAUCAACAACUUCAACUGCUGCCGUUGCUGAAGACGAGGAGGAAGAGGAAGAUGAGGUCGAAGAUGCCAAGCCAAACAAGAAGGCCAGAACUACUGCCGCCACAACAACUGCCGCCAAGACUACAACAACAACUACAACUACUACUUCAUCAAGAAAGAUAACAAAGUCCGUUCAAACAUUGGGCCAAUGGACUCAACAUGAGGAGUCGUUCUUCUUCUUGGAGGCACCAAUCACAAGAUCAAAGGUGGCCGCCUUUGAUAUGGAUGACACAAUGAUCCACACAAAGUCUGGCGCAAAGUUUGCCAAGGACCGCCGUGAUUGGGUAUGGUGGGACGACUCGGUGCCCAUCGAGAUGAAGCGCCUCCACGACGACGGCUACCAGGUGAUCGUCAUCACCAACCAGGGUGGCGUCGGCAUCAAGUCCAAGUUUGACAAGGGCAAGUUCAACUCGGUCUCGGGCAAGAUCCAGGACCUGUGCAAGGAGAUCGGCAUCCCAUGCAUCGCCAUCAUGGCGUGCGAUUUGAACGGAGAGUGGCGCAAGCCAAACAAGCUCAUGUGGGAGUUCUUGGAGGAGGAGUGUAACAACACUGGCGCGCCAUUCGACGCGUCCCAAUGCUUCUACGUCGGUGACGCAGCAGGCCGCCCCGACAACUGGAAGCCCGGCAAGAAGAAGGACUUUGCCAACUCUGACCGCGCCUUUGCCAUGACCUGCGGCAUCGCCUUCCAGACACCGGAGGAGUUCUUCCUGGGCGAGCAGCCAUUCGUCGACAAAUCGGGCGCCGUCUCCAAGUUCGCCGUGCCACAGCCACCAAGAUCGGGUGAGAUCCUCGAGGGUGGCGGCAACAUCACAUCGCCAAAGCAAGAGAUGAUCGUGCUAUGUGGCUGGCCCGCCUCUGGCAAGUCUACAUUCUCCAAGACACACCUUGUCCCCGCAGGCUAUGGCUGGGUGAACCGCGACACCAUGGGCGAUCCCAAGAAGUGCCUCAAGGCCGCCAUCCAGUUCCUGUCGCAGGGCAAGUCGGUGGUCAUUGACAACACCAACCCAAUGCCAAGUGGACGCAAGGAGUACAUCGAUGCAGCCAAGGCUGCUGGUGUGCCCGUACGUUGUUUCCACAUGCAGACACCACGUGAGCUCGCCGAGCAUCUCAACUACUAUCGUGAGCGUAUGGGACAGGGAAAGCACGUGCCAGGCAUUGGUUACGCCACAUUCAACAAGAACUUUGUCGAGCCCAAGGUGUCGGAAGGCUUCACCGAGGUCAAGAAGGUGAACUUUAUCCUCAAUCUGCGACCUGAAGAUGAGACCAUGUAUAACAUUCCCAAGCCUAAAUAA